GAACAAAAAACAAAACUAGCGCCAUUUGAGAGCAGUAGAGGGGGAAAAAUCCCAGCCUUUGUUGUUGUAUUGCUGGUGGCUGUAGUACACCUGUCAAGGAUCAAUAAUCGAUCAGUAAUUAGUGCUUGUCAUGCUGUCGUCUAGAUAAACUAUGAGGUUUCCAUGAUUUUCGUCGAAAAUUUCUGUGACAUUUCAUGGCUUAUAACCUCCAAGAUGACUCAGAGCUAGAUAAAGACACGGGGAAUGUUUACAGUAUUGUUCAUCAAAUUGAAUAAUUUAUCCGUCAAUUGAGGGGAUUUAUUCAAAAUGCAUCGAGUCGAUAUGAAAAUUGUACUUUUGGGGGACGGGGCUGUGGGAAAAACAAGUCUCAUGGAGAGAUUUGUUAAUGAGAGGUUUAACGAGUCACUCAAGUAUCAAAACACUAUUGCAGCAGCAUUUGCAUCUAGACAACUCGAAAUUAACGGUGAGAAAUUAGUCUUAGGAAUUUGGGAUACGGCUGGCAGUGAACGGUACGACUCAAUGACUAAAAUUUAUUAUCGUGGAGCACGAGCAGCUAUCGUCUGUUACGAGAUAUCCAACCAGCAGACAUUCAAUCGAGCCAAACACUGGAUUAGAGAACUCAGAAGUGUUGAAGAAAAAUGUAAAAUUUAUCUCUGCGCCACGAAGAGUGAUUUGUUGCUAAUGGGAGAGACCCCAUCUCCGAGUUUAGAGGCUGUGGAACUUUAUGCCUCUGGAAUUCAAUCGAAAUGGUAUAUUACGUCAAGUAAAACUGGAGAGAACAUCUCUGAAAUGUUCCAAGAAAUAGCAAAGGAUUUUUCAAUGGAUCCUAGUAAUCGUGAAGAACUUAAACAGGAGUUGAUAACUAUUUCAGUAAAUGAUAAAGGAUCCUCAUGGUGUGCGUGCUUCCGCUGGAGAUGAAUUUUCCUUAAGAAAAAAACAUUCACGGAAUUUUCCGAAUCCCUCAUAAACAAACGAAAUGCUGAAAUACUCUCUAGGAUCGAGAAAAAAAUAAAAAGAGAAAUCAAGGGUCUGGGCGAGGACUAUUUUAUCUAUUUUCACAAAUGAGAAAUUUACGGAGUGUUAAUUGAUCAAUUACUCAAGGAUUACAUUUAAUUUAAUGCUCAUACCAGUGAAAAGGCUGAAGACAUUGGGAGAUAGCGAUAUUUUUAUUACGCAGGAUAGAUUUAUUGGAAAUGUUAUAUACAAAUAGGCGAAUUCCAAUAAAGAUUUUGUAAAUUAA